AUGCAGGCGCAGGGUAUCAUGGAUGAUACAUUGGAGAUUACCAGUUUAGCCGUGGAACUGUCGGAUCUCGAGGUUGCCCUUUUGCUUUGUCUGGCAGUGCGCGAACAUUGCCGUAUCGAUACCACGACCGAGAACAUUCAUGACGUUGCUAGAGAGCUCGCCCUGAUCUGUACCAACACUUUUAAUCUUACAUAUGCGGUUCUCGAUUGCUCAGAGGCCACAUCAUUCGAUGAUUUCUGCUCUGACAUCCUGCCAACGGACGCUCGCAGAAGAUCGGCGACUAUCAGGGCCGCAGCUGAGCACAGGGUAGUCGACGUGGUGAUAGCCAAGAAUUUCAACCAUGUCGCUGAAUAUAUUCAGGUUCAAGCUCUUGAGUUGAUGCGCUCGAAGAAACUGGCCCUCAAAGAUGGGGUGCUCGAGGCUCCGGCGGAUUUUCUCUUCGUGCCUCUCUUAGCUCGUCGCUCAGAACAGGAUCAACCGAAGUUGAACCCUCACUUGAACGACCAUUUCAUCAUCUCCCAUUUUCAUGAUGACACCGAUGGUUACAUCUACUUAGAAGAAGACGACGAUUGGCUGUCAGACAGUCAAAUGUCGGCAUCAUCUGUUGUGCGCAAAUCCUCAGCACCGCAGAACAAGCGCAACCCCAACAUCGACCGAAAGACCCUAGAUAAACUGAAACGAGCCAGCAAUGCCGUAACAGCUGGGGCCGACAUUGUCCGGUAUCAGCAGGAUAUUAUUGUGUUCUUUCGUCUCAGCCGUGCAGUCGCAGGAGGCAUAUCAGUUCGCUCUAAUAUCCACUUCAAAACACUUUCAAAACUGCUAGCUACGCUCCACGGGAUAGAUUAUCUCACCCCAUCUAUCGUGGCCUUAGCCGCAAAGAAGGUCUUUCGGCAUCGAAUCAUCGUGGCUAAACCAGAAGAUGACCGCAGUCUCCAGUAUGGGAGUGACUUGAAAACGGUGUCUCAGGUUCUUGCUUACGCUACUCCCGAUACUAUAUUGGAGAGUGUUCUUGCUCUUGAGACUCCUAUCUGA